UCGAUUGUACGGCCUCCUCUCUCAGGCCAGUUAAUGGAUCACAGACCGAAUCGAGCGGCGUGUGGAGAUAAACAUGGAGAGAAACGUUGGGUCGCUGCAGGAGCAGGCGUUAAAGAGAAAAGAGAGGCUUAAAGCGCUAAGAGAUAAAAAGCUUCACGGACGAGAGCAGGAAGAUGAGGAACCAGAGAGCAAAAAGCCGGCAUUAGAGGAAACCCCUGAAGAAAAGCACAGAGAGCUGAAAUUGAGGAAUUACACUCCAGAGGAUGAAGAGCUAAAGGAGAGACAGGUACCCAAAGCCAAACCAGCUUCAGUGGAAGAUAAAGUAAAGGAUCAGUUGGAGGCAGCUAAUCCUGAGCCCAUAAUAGAAGAAGUGGAUUUAGCAAACCUUGCUCCAAGAAAACCAGACUGGGAUCUGAAACGUGAUGUGGCAAAGAAACUGGAAAAGCUGGAAAGACGAACACAGAGAGCCAUCGCCGAGCUCAUCCGUGAUCGCCUGCGAGGCAGUGAGGAGGAGUUGGCCGGGGCGGUGGGAGCCGUUGGUGUGGAAGAGGGAGACUCUGACUAAAUUAGUGAUGUAACAGAGGGUGUGUGUUGGGGGUAAAACGGGACAGGAAUGGCGAUUUGCUGUCAGAUGUGAGCUGAAGAUACUGAAGAGGUUUCAUCCUGAAGAGGAGAGGGUUACAUUUCUAUUUUUUGUCAGGCCUUCCCAUGAGUCAUAUUUUGUAUAUGUGCGUUAUUUUUUUUUUUUUUUUUUUGUUUUUUUUUUUUUGAUUUUGGAAGGUGCAUUUUCAUCUUACCAACAAUAUUUUAUAUUAAAAUGUAAAAUAAAAUGAACAUU